UACUGCGCGCAAGGCCUAAGUGGUUGCCAGAACUAUUUAAUACCUGUCUCAAAAGUCACAAUCACUAAUUUAUUGAAAGCUAUUGAAUUUCUGUCGCCAUGGUAGGACCUCAUUCAAUAUUAACAGACCACAUCCUAUCUCCAUCACCUAGUCCACACCAUGAACUUUUGAUAGGAUGUCUGAAUGGAUGUCGCUGCUCGUUAACGACGGCGCGGUUCGCUAAUAGUCAAUCUCUAUCAUGUAAAUCUAGCAUCCUUUUCUUUCUGAUGGCAGAGUUCUUGAGACGCAAAGAAGACAAAGCGGAGAAGACAGUCCGGUUUCGAGUGGCGUCAGCACGCAGUGGCCGCGUCCUUAGAGAGGUGUUCCGAGAGGACGCCAGCUCGGGAACAGACUCGGCUGACUCCGAUGCCACCUGGACAUUGGAGCCUGAGCGAGCAAUCUCUCCGGUAACAAGCGAAGCCAACGGGCACCUCACCGGACUCUGCGGCGUGGAACCGGACGACAGCGGGAGCGAUCCGGAUGACUUGCUGAUGUACGCUAGUGCAACGCAAGAGGAGCAUUUCAGUGGGAAACGUGUGAAUAUUUUUAGUAAGAACGGGACAGUGAGGGGCGUGCGGGACAAAGUGAGUGCGGGGCAGGUCCUCUUCAAUAAUCUCUCUAAACUCUAUGUGGGCCCCCUCCGCAACGGCAGGCCCCCCAGACAGAGACCGUGAGGCCAAGGAUACAGCAUGCUGCAUGGCCAAGAGGCAAGACAUCCUGUGGUGUGGACUCUGUCAAACAGAACCUAAAAAACUCUUGACUUGAGAUUCAACUGAAAACAAAAAGAGGAGUUUUUUUCCCCCUCUAUUGACAUUUUUUUGUAUUUUAUAUUGGUCUCACAGUUUCACAGGUGAAUUGUCUAUCGUAAUGAGUGCACAAACUAAAGAGAUGCCAGUGAUGUUCCUUUUUUUUAACCACUUUGUACCAUGAUGAUUUCAUACAGAAAAAAACGACUCUUUUGUUGGGUUUUCAGUU